ACUUUUACAAGCACCCCCCAUCCUCCCCCCGUCGUCUCUAUAUCUCCCUGGCUCCCUCCCACCCACCCUUGUGUAACAGUGCCCAGUGCUGGAUUAUUAAGAUCUGAAGCUGCUGAAACAAGGGGCUGUGGCAGGCUUCGACCACAAUGGUGAGGUGGUUCCACCCCAACAUUACCGGAAUCGAGGCAGAGCAGCUCCUCUUGACACGGGGCGUCCACGGCAGUUUCCUGGCCAGGCCGAGCAAGAGCAAUCCGGGGGAUUUUACCCUCUCUGUCAGGCGUAACGAUGAGGUGACCCACAUUAAGAUCCAGAACUCAGGUGACUAUUAUGACCUGUACGGAGGCGAGAAGUUUGCCACGCUCGCUGAGCUGGUGCAGUAUUACACCGAACAACAGGAUCUACUGCGCGAGAGGAACGGCCAUGUCAUCGAGCUCAAGUAUCCACUCAACUGCAAAGACCCCACCUCUGAGAGGUGGUACCAUGGACACCUCUCUGGGCGAGAUGCAGAGAAACUGCUCACCGACAAAGGGAAAGCCGGCAGCUUUCUGGUACGAGAGAGCCAGAGUAAACCAGGAGACUUUGUCCUCUCAGUUCUCACCAAUGAGGAGAAACAUGAGAAUCUGGACCGCAAGACCAAAGUCACCCAUGUCAUGAUACGCUACCAGCAGGACGGUAAGUACGAUGUGGGCGGUGGAGAGAGGUUCGACACUCUGGCUGACCUAGUGGAUCACUACAAGAAGAACCCCAUGGUGGAAAAGAGUGGAAUCGUAGUGCACCUCAAACAGCCCUUCAAUGCCACAAGAAUAAAUGCUGCCAACAUUGAGAACCGGGUACGAGAGCUCAACAAAGUAGCAGACAACUCUGAGAAGCCCAAACAAGGAUUCUGGGAAGAAUUUGAGGUACUUCAGCAGCAGGAGUGUAAACUGCUGUAUCCCCGGAAAGAAGGCCAGAAGCCAGAAAACAAGAGCAAAAACAGAUACAAGAAUAUCCUCCCCUUUGACACAACACGUGUUGAAAUCAGCGAAAUGGAUCCAGAUGUUCCUGGUUCAGACUACAUCAAUGCCAACUACAUCAGAAGUAUGCAUGAAGAUGGACGGCAUGUGGAGGAGGGCAAAGUCUUUAUUGCCACCCAAGGGUGCCUACAGAAUACAGUCAAUGACUUCUGGAAGAUGGUUUAUCAAGAGAAUACACAUGUCAUCGUCAUGACCACAAAGGAGAUGGAGCGAGGAAGGAAUAAAUGUGUCCGCUACUGGCCAGACCUUCACACCACUAGGGAAUUUGGGAAGGUGCUGGUGAGGAACGUGGACGAACGGCCAGCACAAGACUACAUCCUGAGGAAACUGGAAGUGACACGACUGGACCGGAAAGAGCCUCUGAGGAUAAUCUGGCACUAUCAGUACCUGAGCUGGCCAGACCACGGGGUGCCCAAUGAGCCAGGUGGUGUCCUCUGGUUCCUACAAGAGGUCAACCGCACCCAAAGCACCAUUCCAGAGACUGGACCCAUUGUCGUCCAUUGCAGCGCGGGCAUCGGCAGGACUGGCACUAUUAUUGUCAUAGACAUCCUUAUUGACAUUAUUAACCGCCAAGGUCUCGACUGCGACAUUGACAUCCCUAAGACCAUCCAGCGGGUACGGCAGCAGAGGUCGGGCAUGGUGCAGACUGAGGCCCAGUAUAAGUUCAUCUACAUGGCUGUGCAGCAGUACAUAGACACAGUCCAGAAGAGACUGGAGGAAGAGCAGAGGAGUAAGAUGAAGGAGAGAGAAUAUUCCAAUAUCAAAUAUCCCCAGAUGACCAACUCAAGGUCCAAACCCAGCAUGGCAUCCUCACGCUCUUCUUCUGUGAUGACAAAUGAUGACUCGUCAAGUGUGUACGAGAACAUCAACUUCAAAAGCCCUCAGACAUCUUUUAGCAGUAACACCAGGAGGUAGAACUGUUGCUGCGGACGUCAGCUUCUCCCUGUCUGCCUCUCUUUUCGGCGGAGGUGUCGCUUCGUCAGCAGCUGAAAAUCCCUCGGGGGCAGAGGGAGUGUGGUGCUCUGCACUGCACUCCCCGUCGGUGGAUGUGGUCUGGGCUGUGGGUGAAGAGCUGUCUGGAGUCAAACUUUACUCUCUACACAGAGAAGGAUUCCACAGAAUAGUGCCCUUGUCCCCCUACUCCGCUCUUUUUCCUCCCUUAUGCUCUCCAGCCUUUUGCUCUCUUUACCAGCACAAGUGCCUUGUCACAGGACGUGUCUGUAAUCUCUCCCUGAGUCUGCUGUUACAUCUCUGCUGAUGCUGCUUUCCAAGCUCUGGAAACCCACAUGAGAAACGAGCAGUUUUCAUUUUGGGGUGGCUGAUAUUAAACUUGUCGUCAGCUCCGACCUGAACUGAACGCAGCUGCACGGGGGCCUGAGAAAAGGUCAAAGCUAAGCAGUUUGUCCGCUCGUGGCCAGAAAUCUCUCUGUCGGUUGUCCCUCUAUCUCUGUGUUUGCUGCCUGUCAUUUGAACUCCAACCUAAGACUGUUUUUGCUGCGUUCUGUCUCUCCAGCUGUGGUGGUCAUUAAUGUAGCUGCUGAGUGACAGCAAGGGCAGCUACAUAACUUGCUACAGGAUGCAGAGGCACAAUAAGGGCAAGCAAGACCUCUCUUUAUAAAGCUUCAAAAAUAAUUGUAAUUUAAAUUUUGCUGUAAAAAUGAUUCUUUUUAUUUUAUAGAUGUGACUGAUUAUUGUGAAAGAGCUGUAUGUAAUCUCUAAUGCUGUUGCGAAUACAAAUCAGCUGUUCCAAUGUAGGAGACCAUUUUUACUUACGAUACAUCUAUCCUGUCUGUGAUCUAAAUGUGGCCUCCAGUGGUCCCACCAUGAAGACGAAUUCAUUUAUUAAGAAUGUGCGGGUUUAUUAGUUGCUGUUGUUUUAAUUAGCUUCUAUUAUUUUAUGGUGUUUUGUGUUGGAUGCUGUUGGCAUCAGGGUUGUGUAAAUAUGAUAUGAUGUUUAUUUAAGUAUAUAUUUAUAAAGGAGUUUUACGGUGGAAGAGUUCAUGUUUAAACACAUAGCAGCAUCCCCAGCACUAACUUUCGUUUAGAUGAUAAUAGUAAUUCGAAGUCCAUAUUUGACAGGAGACAGGAUGGAGAGGAUUCCUGAAUGGGCGCUUGGCGUUGAGCUUGGCCAGCUGCCGACCCUCAGCUCGGUUUGACUGGCUGUCCUCGUUAAUCAGCAGGUCUGAUGUAGUUCAACAUCUGUCAGAGGAGAUGGUCACAAGGAGACGAGGGAAAGGGGGCGAUUACAGUGGGCCAGAUGGCCAUCUGCCUGAGAUUGAAGAAUAGAUUUGUCGCCAAAAAGUAAUUUAGAAGAUGGCCAUAAUCCAGGCUUGAUGAUAGCGGGGCGAGUAAGCCGACGUCAUUGAUGUGAUAAGGAAGCCGGUGGUGUCACUGUGUGUGCACUGAGCCCUCUGUGCUGUCUGGCAGAUUGUAGGCUAUUUUUAGGCUCCAAAACAAGUGGGGAUAUGUUAGUGAAGCCUGAGAGAGCUCAAAUGGAAUGAUUAAAAAAAUUAAUUUAAAAAAACAGCCCAACGUCUCAGUCAGCAGGAAGAUGUUAUGGUUAUGUGUGUUGAUUUUUAUUUUAAAGUAGGUGUGAGUUCAGACCAUUCCUCUUUCUCCACCAACACAAACUAACCAGGUCAAGAACACUGGCAGGCUGCAUCCACCUUGUUUUCUUCAGUUCCUGCAGCUCAUAAUUCUCAUGGAACAAUGUAAAUCACAGCGGGCCCCAGUCAUGCUGUUCUUAAGCAACAGUACUCAACUCAGUGCACUGAAAUGACUAUAAUUAAGUAAAUGCACCUAUCAUUUGAUGCGUUGAAUGUAACCUGCAGCAGCCAUAUCCUCCUGUCAGCUGUGCGGCUCAGAAAAGCACAGAUUCAAUCGCUUACCUUCAGUUUUGAGACUGUUCCAGGUGUGGAUCACUGCCAUGUAUUUUAACAUUGAUUCUUUCUGCGAGUAAAGGCUCAGUUUUAUGAAAUGAAUGUCAGUGAAGGCCUGCAGCGUGUCUGUUGGUAAAAUGCUGCACUUCUGUUUUUCCUUUCGUCAUUCUCCUCCCUGAGCUGUGAUGUAUGUCCAGUGAAUGAGAAACAACUUGAAGAUUUGUUUCCUUGUUCAUAAGCUGUUGCCGUGGGUAAUUCAGAUAAAUUUUCACUGUACUUCACUUUGCCUGUAUAUGGUCAAAUUAUUUCUGACUGGGUGAAACAUCAGUACUUGAACAUGUGAAACUGCUGAACCUUUGGCCUCAGACUGUGUGGAUGGAAGUAUUUUUUUUUUUGGUAGUGCACUAGAUUUAUGCCACCUCUCUGUUUUCUUCAUUUUAAAAUGUUUUAUUUGUUCUUGGAUUUUGUAUUGUAUGAGUUAUUGUCAUUAUUUUUUUUUUUUAUCUGAGUAGAUUCUGUGAGCUGAACCAGUGUACACGGAGGUAUGCAGUAGUGUCACGAUAUUUUCUGCCUGCUUGUCCUCUUACAUUUACUUGAACAUGAUGUCCGCGCAUAUUUGUUUUGAUUCCUUGAUCUUCUGUUGGUUGCAUUAAGUUUAAAGUGAGUAGUGGUUAAACUGAAGUUCCCCUCUCCUCUCCUUCUUGCACUGGCUCCACCCAAACGCCUUUUUGCUGUACAGGCUACAACUGCUGACGUAAUGAGCCGCCAGAGAUGGCAGCAAAGUGGUUUAUUAUCAUAUUGUUUAAUAAAAAUCUAUCAUGGCAAUGUU